GCGGAGGGCAAGGGGGACAGAGUCCCCUGGAGGACUGCAGGGUCUCAGCAGAGCUGGGGGGGAGGAGGGACCAGACCCACGUGGAGCACCACGUGGCAGAGCUGCUUCUUGCCCUGGGCAUGCCUCUGCUCCCAGCCACCCACGGGGGCAGGAGGAGGGGGGUGAGGGCCAGCAGCCCUCCCCUAGGAAGCUCUUCUGGGGCCUGGCUGGGGAGGAGGAGGGGGAGCCUUUACAAAACAGUUCGAGCUCCACCUCCUUGAGCUCUUUCCCUCCCCUGGGAAAGACACCCUUCUCUUCCCAGCCACACUCACCUGCCUCCAUCCUGUCACCACGAGCCCCUACAGUCAGUCCUCAGGGCUCUGAGCUCCCUACGCCCCAGGGAAGUGUUCACAGACUUGGGGCAGGCUGACCCUGGGACUGACACCUGGGAGAUGUCCCUGUCUUUGCUUCCUCACCUUAACCAGGCCUCCCCGGCCUUCCCUCUCAAGACAGGCAAUGGCCCGCAUGACUGCAGCCCUGGCCUGGGCGCUGGCACUCCUCUCAGCGUUUUCCACCGCCGAGGCGCGGAAAGGCCUCAGGGUCAACUCCGGUCAGAGCAGCGGGGACAAGGGCAGGGUGGAGCAGACCCAGCAGCAGAAGCUGGCCCGGGAGUCCGCGAGCCUGAAAGGCAGCCUUGAGCAAGACCUCCACAACAUGGACAAGCUCCUGGAGAAGCUGGGCCCUCUGAGUGGGCAGGGGAGCGCCCCUCCCGGGCUCCCACCCGACCCCGAGGUCGCCAAGCUCACGCUCAAGGCCAAGGCCCUGCACGCGGGCAUCCAACAGAACCUGGACCAUCUGCGCGAAGAGCUCAGCGCCUAUGCCCGAACGGGCGGGGAAAGGGCCCACCCGGACCCCCAGGCGCUGUCCCAGGAGGUGCGCCAGCGCCUGCAGGCUUUCCGCCAAGACACUUUCCUGCAGAUCGCCGCCUUCACCCGCGCCAUCGACCAGGAGACGGAGGAGGUCCAGCAGCAGCUGGCGCCGCCCCCACCGAGCCACAGCGCCUUCGCCCCCGAGUUCCUCCCCGCUGACAGCGGCAAGGCCCGGAGCAGGCUGCAGGCCCGUCUGGAAGACCUGUGGGAAGACAUAAACUACAGCCUUCGUGACCAUGAUCUGGGCCAUGGAGGGGAGCCCUGAGGGCCUGUUUGUCCGGGCCCACUUCCCAGCUCCUUGUUCGGGGAGCCCCAAGCAUGGUUCAGUCCUCGACAGUGGCCUACUGGGCAGAGGGUGGAGGGCCCUGCAGGAUGGGUGAGGCCACCGAAGGGGCAGUUGUCCCUUGCCUACCCAGCCUCCUGCGAGUGAGUCCCCAACCCGGAUGCAUUACACUCACCAGGAUUUGCGAACCUGGCUUCCCGUGCUCAUUUGGGAGUCCUCCCGAGUUGCCCCAUUCGGUGCUGGCGGGAGUGGGAAGGGAGACAGGCGCUCUAUGCGGGGGAAUUAAGUGCCAGCCCGUGGCCAUGGUGCUGGAAGCCUGUCUCUUCAGGCCCGGGCUUGGCUGCGACCACUCUGGCCCCCUGGUGGCCACUACUGCCGCUGUCCCGAGAGCAGCUCCUCUCCCCAGGGCUGCCACGACAGCUUCUGUUGGAGAGAAGGGAGAAAGGAGGAGAAUGUGAGGAGAGAGCAUGUGACUGUGUGUGUGUGUAUGUAUCCCUGCGCGCUCUGAUGCUGGUGGGUACAAAUGAUGGGAGUUGUAAUGGGAGGGAGCAGGGCCCAUAUUUUCUUACAUAGCUCUGCUUUUAAACAGCCGCCCACGCCUCCAAACUGUGGGAGCUUCCUAAACCCUCUGGGGAGUCUACGAGGUGCCCUCCCCAUCUCUGACGCUCAGACUGAAGCCUAGACUUCUGACUCCAUUGAAAUAGAUGUUUAUAAUGGAAACUGGUCUGCCUGGUGUGACUCUCAUUCGGACCAUAUCUGAAAGCAGUGCCCUCACCACUAUCCCCAAAUCACACCAUCGGCCACUCCAGGCCCCUGCUGUACUUUCUCAGGGACCCCCUUUCAGUGCGAGUCUGCCAGAGGGGCCUGGGCCUGGCUGUGCUCUGCUUUAGGGGAGAGCUGUGUUGGCCUGGGGGUGGGCGUGGGCUAGCGACCUUCCUCUGCACCUGCAUCGUUCAUGGGCCGGCUUGGCACAGGACAGUGUGCCUCACCUGCAGGCUCCUGAGGUGGCCUCUCCCUUUUGUUCCUGCUGUUCCAGAUUUUGAAUGGCCCUGUUUUAUGACACUGGCCCUCUUCUUGGGAACCCCAAACUCUUAAACCCCCCAGUCCCCACAUAUAGAUUCACUUGGAGGCAAUGAAGCUCCUCAUAGGUCCUCUGAGAACCCUGAAGCUGGGGGUAGGUGAAGUGGGGGGUAGUGGGCAGGGUAAGCACACCCCUUCCAGCGCCCUUUCAGUCCAGCUCAGUUGGCCCUGUACCUCCACACUCCUCCUAACACAGACCCCACAUGAAGCUGGCUGCAUCAUGCCGCAGCCUAGAUCUCUACCCAGACAUCUGGAUUUAGCAACAGAACUGAGAGCGGUACCCAGGGAGAGGAGGUGCUGGAAAGGAAAGUUUACCCCACUCCCUCCAAAUAAAAGGUGUUUUUGUUGUUAGGAAACUGGGAGGGGUAGUCAGAGGGAGCAGAUGUGGUAGGGAUGAAGGGGUGGAAGUAAAACUGAGGGUUGUGUAUUUGAGGCUGGAAUUUGGGCAGGUGUUUAUGAGGACAGAAAUAGGGAGUGAGAAAAACAGAAAGGGAGAGAGGGACUGAGGGACUAGAGCCGCAGCAUCACCUGGUCCAACAGUGGAUCGAAGGAAGCCCAGGAUGUCAGCAAGAGGCCUGGUUCCUGUGGUCAAACACUGUGGCCAAUAGUUAGAACCCUGUGCGAUGGAGACACUGUGAAGGAGCGAACACUGCCCUGGCUCUGGGAGGACGUCCUGGUGAAGUGACACCUGAACUGAGGUAGAGGCAAAGCCUGAAUCCGGCUAUGGAAGUUUGGAUCAUAUAAUCCUGGCAACAGGGAAGCCCCGUACUGCUCUCUAAGGGCCCAGAGUUGCCUGGUCAGGGUGGCUCAGCUGCUUGGGCGUAGGCCGGUGAACUGAAAGGCUGCCUUUGCUGGCUGGAUCCCUGGUGGGUGUGCAGGAGGCAGCCCAUCAGUGUUCACUCUCACAU